UAAAUGUCGCUUGGUAUCGCCAUGGACGCGGGGUGCGUCACCCAGUGACGUCGACAAACGGGCGCAUGCAAAACAGUUACGCCUUGCGGUACAAGUGUUGUGUGUGUGUAUGGCUUUCUUUGUGUUUGUGUGUAGUGGCGGAGUUGCAUUGAAAAACGCUUUUCAAGAGUCAACACAAUAGCCGAAAAAAAACAACGGCUAAGAACUAUAGGCCUUGACCUGAAGCAAGGCAAGCGGAAGGAAGCAGCCGCAUCAUGAGGCACCACCAAUUAACAGCGGAACCAACAAAAGAGUGAAAGCCAACAAAGUACGGCGGAAAGGGAACCAGAGAGGUGCUGCUCUGUACUGCUCUGUGCUGCGGUGUGGCCUACUUUUACGCACCUGCCCUGGAGCCCUGGAGCAUGGGUUCAUGUCUUGGCAGCUGCGUCACAGCCGCCGCUGCCACCACCAGCUCCAGCACAUCCACAGCAUCGUCUUCCUCCUCCACGGCCUCGUCGUCCUCCUGUGCGACGGCUGCGGCAGCUGCCAACAGCUGGCUUUGGCGUCGCCGCAGGCCCAGGGCUAGGGUCGCCACCGACCAGGAGGCCGAGCAGGAGCCUGAAACAGAGCUCAUAUCGAGUGGAGGGGGAAGCCAGCAGCGACGCGGCCUUGUCUAUCGCAUUCUGAAGUUCAAGAGGAAGCAGCAGUGCCCCCAGUUCCUGGACAAAUACUGGGAGCAACAGCCGAGCUAUGCGAAGCUACAGAAUGACAGUGCGAUAUCCGAUAUACAGCUGCAGAAUCUGGACGUUUUCAAGCUGCUCAACGCGCAGGCAACGCCCAGCAAGGAGACCGAGAUGCUUGGAAGCUAUCAGCGGAUGGCCAGCUCAAGGGCCAGCUCCUCGCUAGAUCUGGAGUGGGAGCACGAGUACUCGCAGCUGCGGAACUACCAGCAGGAGCAGAAGGAGCAAAAGGAGCAGCCUGCGGCCGAGAACACCCCACCGAUGGCAGCAAAGCAGCCGCGUUACGCUUCCCUGGACCAACUUGCGACGGCUGCCUCGAUGGCUGCCGCCAGCCAUGGACGCUAUGGCGCAGCUGCUCGACAUCCCCGUUUGGGGAGCCAUCAUCGGCAUGGCGGCUCCUUCACGCGCACCUCCUGCUGUUCCUCCACACAGAACUCGUGGUCGCACAUCUCCACGCCGGAGUCCCUCGAGUGGGAUGUCGACGAGGAGCGGGAACAGCAGCUGCAGCUGCGCCAAGAAGACGACAAUCUGGACGAUGAGACGCUCAAAUUGCUGCACCAAAUCGAGCAACUGAAGCAUCAUGUGCUCCAGGAAACGGGAGAUGGCCUGAGCAUGGGAGCUGCUGUGGCCGUUGGGGAGGUAACGGAGGGUCUACAGUUUAGGGCCUCGCAUUUUGGAGGCGGCUCCGAGCUGGAGGCAUCCAUAAGUUGAUUCAGAGAGAGCAGAUGAUGUAUAUAAGGGUAUUCUAAGAGAUGUAAAAAGGGGUGUACAAGACCAGAUGAAGGAGGAUCCUUUGAGGAGUGUAGUAUAUUGUAAUAGAAUAAUUGAUUUGGAGCAGAGAAAACGAUCGUUAACAUUAGAUUCCAUAUAGCACAGUACAGUGCACGCUCGUUAAAUUAAAUUUAGGUUUUAAAAAUACUUAGUAGAAGGAAUAUUAUCGGUUUGGGCGAUCCAAAACUAACACUCGAUACGUUUAGAAGUCGAAUCAUUUGAAGGAUUGCUAAUCAUUUUUUUUAGAUAGAUCAAUCAAUUUCUCUUUGUAAUCGAUUUUAUUUCAAUGCAAAUUUAUG